CUGCUGUGAAGUGUGAAGUGAAUCGCGAUCGCGAAGCGAAUUUUCAAUUUUGUUCAAUUUUGUGUUAAGAUACGAGAAAAGAACUACUUUUUUAAACGUUUUUGGUUCAAUGUCUUCAAUAAAUUUAUAAAUGGUUUGACGUAGACAAUUUUUAAUCGUAAAUAAAUAAAUCUAACCUAAAAGGUUAUUUGUGUAGAAAUCAGAUUUUAGAGUUAUGAGUGAAAGCUUGGAAAGCCUUGAUGAUGGGAUUAAAGAGAACACCAAUGAUGCUAACGACACAACAGAUGAUUAUGAAGUGCCAUCAAAACGAGCUAGAUCCCAUGCUAACGUUGUCGCUGCUCAUUACAAUCAUAUCGAAGAAAAAGGUGUACAAGAAAGAUUCAAUUCGCCCAUUUUUUAUCUAAGAAACUUCAACAAUUGGGUAAAAUCCGUUCUCAUACAAGAAUACACCGAUAGGAUACGUGAAAAAGACUACGGUAAAGUGAUAAGAGUACUCGAUAUUUGUUGCGGUAAAGGUGGUGAUUUGGGUAAAUGGCAAAAAGCACGCGCAGAGCACGUCGUAUUUGCAGACAUUGCCGAUGUUUCUAUAGAUCAGUGCAAAAGUCGUUACGAUGAUUUGAAAAGGCGUAUUGGGCGUUUGUUUACAGCUGAGUUCAUCGCUGCCGACUGCACUAGAGAUGUCCUACGGCACAAAUACCAUGAUCCAUCUAUAAAGUUUGAUUUGGCGAGCUGUCAGUUUGGUCUACAUUAUAGCUUUGAAAGUUUAGCUCAAGCUCGCCGUAUGCUCGCAAACAUAUCUGAAUGCCUCAAACCAGGUGGUUACUUUAUAGGGACAGUGCCUGAUGCAUAUGAAAUUGUCUCGCGGUGUCAAAAAUCUCAAGAUGGAGCUUUUGGAAACAGAAUUUUUAAUAUUAAAUUGUUAUUUGAUCCUGCGAAUGGAUAUCCUCUAUUCGGUGCAAAAUAUGAUUUCCAUUUAGAAGGUGUGGUAGACUGUCCUGAGUUUUUAGUAAAUUUUGAACUUUUUGUUAAGCUAGCUACUGAGUAUGGUUUAGAAUUAACGUAUAAAGCAGGAUUUGACGAUUUCUAUAAGAAAUAUGGACAAAAGCAUAAGUACCUAUUGCAGAAGAUCAAAUGCUUUGAGGUUUACCCUCCAGUGUCAGGGAAAGCAUUGCUUGGAAGUGAAUCAGAGUAUGGACAUGCAAAAGCCUAUUCAGAGAGUAUGACGAGUAAUGGUAACUCAGAAUCACUGGGUACCAUGAGUUCUUGUGAAUGGGAAGUGGCGACAAUAUACUUGGUUUUUGCAUUCAAAAAAUGCAAGAACACAUGGGAUGCAAAUGGUAAACCUUUGUACAUCACUUCAGAUAAAGAAACAUCUACAAGUGGGAAAUAGUAUUUAUAGAUAAUUAUCUGUCUACAAUUACACACUGCCAGUGGAAUGGACUGUAUGCUUUUUGUAUAUUAUUGUAAUCCUAGGUUUGUAAUAAGUUUUAUUUAAUUAUACAACUAAAUUCACUAAGUAUAAUUAUUAUAGUUAAUGAAUUAAACAUAAUACUUAAAUGUUCAUUGUUAAGCUCUAUUGGCCUUGCAUGCAUCAGAGAAAAAUAUUGCUCUUUUUUAACCAUAUUUCUAGCAUCUCAAGAUAUGUUGUGGUGAUCUUUUUAGAUUGAACAGAAUAAGUAUGUGAAGAAUAACCUAGAUUUUAGUUCUUUUGAUUCCUUGUAGUAUGUUAAUAGCAAAUUAGGUAUCAUAAUAAAUCGGCUCUGAUCUAUUAGUUGCUUUAAGAAAUUAACAGAAAAGUUCAGUUAGUUAAAUGUAUUUAAUAUGUAUAGACAAUAAUAAAGUUGACAGAACCUGUAUGAUUCUGUCAACUUUAUUAUUGUCUAUACUUUGUUUGUAAUGUGUUUUAAUGUCUAUCUGUAAAAAAUACUUUUUUACAUAUUUUGAACACAAAUCAUUACACAAAAUAAGUAGUUAAAGCCUGCAGGCUUUAUCUAUCAUAUCUAUCUAGCUUAUGUAAUACAAAAACUAAAAAAUUAUGAUGUUGCAACAUCAUACAUUUCUUUUCAUUUUCAUUUCUUGAACAAUAUUAAAAAUUACUGAUUCUUCGUGUUGUACUGACUCGAGAAUGUGUUCGUUUAUGAGAUUUUUAUUUGGCGCGGCUACGACUCCGUCGUGUUCCGAGCGCUCUAUCUGCCUAUUAUUCUUUAAUCUGUGGAUUAAUGAUAAAUUCCUUAUUUGGUAAAAGGUUAAAAGCGAUCUCUUUACACAAGAUAAAUUAAUGAAUUAAUACAGAGAAAAGUGGUUAUGAAUUUUUUAAAAUUGAGAUUUGAUCAAUAAGAUACGAGUAUACUUAUUUAAAAAAAUAAAUACAUAUUUUAAGUAUCUGUAAUAUUUAUUAGUUUCAAUAUUUUCAAUCCAAUACCUAUUAUACUUAUUGGUAGUAGUGAGCAUCUUUUUAAUUUAUAAGCUGUUCUUUUUAACAAAAUGAUCAUCUAGAGUGCGCGCACGAUAAGUUUGCGCGUGGCCAUAAUCGGAACUAAUCAAAAGUGCCUCCAUCUUGCCGCCUAUCUCUAUCUAUAUCUUAGAGGGUAAAAGAGAUUACUAAAGCUGUCAACAUAAUUGCGCCGCCCGUCGCGCGCAGACUAAUUUUGCGCGCACUUAUAAAGCUGUUUUUUAGCUGUUUCUGUUAAUUUUUAGGCCAAUGUUUCUUUUUAACAAAUUGUUUGUAAGUUGGUAACAGGAUUUAUUUUUGAUGAGUUUUGAGGAGAUGUUUCUUUUUCAUUAAACGCGUUCAUAGAUAUCUCAUUUCUGGCAAUAUUUGCCUCUUGUUAAUUUUUGCCUUUAUCAAAGUCAAAUGCCAAA